AUGAUUUUGAAGGACCUGCCAGACUCAUUCAAACCGUUUGCUAUACAUGUCACACCAAGUGAGAAGGCGGUAGAUUUUGCCAAAUUCAAAACGAAUCUACGGCGCUAUGAGGACACAGAGGGGAUGCGGGCCGUAGCAUCAGCUGACAACGUCACGAAGACGCGGGCGCAGCUUUGGUUUAGGGCUGUUAACCAUCAGCUAAACUGUUGCGCUACAGGCCAUGACAGCACUCGCAUCAGCACACCACAACGCCGGACCACCGUCGCCAACAGUGAGACGCCCAACCCAGAGUCAAACAGCAGAAUUGUCAUUUUGGGUAAAACUGGAGUUGGAAAAAGCAGCCUGGCUAACACCAUAUUUGGUGAAGAACUGGUGAAGAUCGAUGAUUCUCUCAACUCUGGAACAAGAAAAUGUCAAGCAGAGACCAGAUCUGUCAAAGGAAGAAGCAUCACUUUGAUCGACACUCCUGGUUUCUUUGACACUGAUAAAUCUGAGGAGGAGCUGAAGUCUGAGAUAGUGAGCUGUAUCAUAAAGUGCGCUCCUGGUCCUCAUGCUUUUCUCAUUUUGCUAAAAGUGGAGAAAGUCACAGAGCAGGAGCAGGCUAUAGUACAAAUGAUAAACCAAUACUUUUCUGAAGAAGCUUUCAAAUAUGCAACAGUUGUCUUUACUCAUGGUGACCAGCUCCGUAAAGGACAGAAAAUUGAAGAUUUUGUCUGCAAGAAUAAGUUCAUGAAUGAUCUGGUGAAGAAGUGCGGCGGCCGUUGCCAUGUCGUUGAUAAUAACUACUGGAACGAAAACCCAAAGGAUGAAUACAGGAGCAACCGGUUCCAGGUGGAGGAGCUACUUAAGUCAAUAGACAAGACGGUGAUGGAAAACAACGGGAGCUGCUACACCAAUGAGAUGCUACAAGCAGUGAAGGAAGAAAUACAACGAGAGAAGAAGCAGAUUCGACUGUUACCAGGAGACAAGUCAGAGAAAGUGAUCAGAGAGCAGGCUGAGGGCAGAGUAUCCACAAAGCUUUCGGUCAGAUUAGCAGGUGUUGCAACAGGUACAUUGUUAGGAGCUUUAUUCGGUGUGGUAGUGAUGGUUGGAUUACAGCAGCUACUGUUGCAGAAGAAUUUGGAGCAGCAGGAAGAGCAACAGCAGCAGGAGGAACAACAGCAGGAGCAACAGCAGCAGGAGGAACAACAGCAGGAGCAACAGCAGCAGGAGGAACAGUAG